UCCAACCUCACCUCUAAAUUCCCAAGCAGUCUCGCCAACACCAAAUACCCUCGACUGCCACCUCUCCCGACUCCCCACCAGCUACCCGAAACCCCGACGCUCUCGCCAUGGCGGACCACCGCAAGAAGAGGGACCGAUAUGCGGGCGCAGCGUACGAAUUCGGUGCCAAUGCUGGCGGUCAAGCUGGCGCAGCUGUCCCCCCACCAGCAGCUCCAGGCUAUGGAGCGCCAGCAUAUGGAGCACCCGCACCUUCAUAUGGGGCACCAGCACCAGGCUAUGGAGCUCCUUCUCCUGGAUACGGUGCCCCAGCGCCAGGAUACGGACAGCCACCCGCUCAAGAUCCAAAUGCCCUCAACCAGCAGUUUGGGCAGAUGAAUCUGGGGCCACAGCCCGGACAGGCUGCUCCGCAAGCACAGCAACCCACCGCUGCUACACAACAGAACCAAUUGUUCCCCUCAGACCUCAUCGCCCAGCCGUUCCACGUCUCGGAGCUCUACAACCCGCCGCCACCUAUCAAUCUUCCUUCGAACGCCGCUGCUACGCCCUCCGAGUUCGCGAACGAGUCGAGCAAAUACCUGCGAUGCACAUUGAACACAAUCCCCACCAACCAUUCACUACUCAAGAAAAGCAAGCUGCCGUUUGCGCUGAUCAUCAGCCCGUAUGCCAGCUUGCACGAUUCGGAGGAUCCGGUGCCGGUUGUGCAUGACCAGAUCAUUAGCCGUUGUAGGCGCUGUCGGGCUUACAUCAAUCCUUUCGUCACGUUCCUGGAUCAUGGCCACAGGUGGAGGUGUAAUAUGUGCAACCUUACAAAUGACAUACCGCAAUCGUUUGAUUGGAGUCAAGCGGAACAGAAGAGCGUGGACCGCUGGCAGAGAGCAGAGCUAAACUAUGCUGUUACCGAGUUUGUUGCGCCACAAGAGUACAUGGUCCGACCUCCACAGCCUCUGUGCUACUACAUCCUCCUAGACUGCACUCUAGCAGCGGUCAACAGCGGGCUUCUCGCAGUCGUUUCACGAGUCAUCAAGGAGUCUCUCGGCCGGAUACCCAACGCAGAUGGGAGGACACGGAUCGGUUUUAUGGCAGUUGAUUCGGGCUUGCAUUUCUUCGGCAUACCACAAGACAACAGCGAGAACAACAAUCCCACACAGAUGGUGGUAACUGACCUGGAAGAACCGUAUCUGCCCACGCCUUCCUCGCUCCUCGUUAGCCUGAGCCAGUGCCGCAACAACAUUGAGAACUUCCUCGACCUACUCCCCUCCAUGUUUGCAAAUACACAUGUCCAGGGAUUUGCGCUUGGGUCCGCUCUCCGAUCAGCCCAUAAACUUAUCUCGCCGCUUGGAGGCAAGCUUACCGUAAUAGCCGCAUCGUUACCUAAUGUAGGCCACGCGGCUUUAAAACCACGCGAAGACAAAUCCCUUCUCGGCACCAGCAAGGAGGGUAAUCUGCUGCAGCCUGAAAGCAACUGGUGGAAAGCAUUUGCCGUGGAGUGCUCUAAAAACCAGGUCUCGGUUGAUAUGUUCCUAUUUUCCUCACAAUAUCAGGAUGUAGCAACACUGAGUUGUCUACCACGUUUUACGGCCGGGCAGACGAAUUUUUACCCCGGAUGGAACGCUGCGAGACAAGAGGACGUGGUCAAGAUCGCAACGGAGCUGGGAGAUUAUUUAAGCGUUGAGCUUGGAUUGGAAGCCGUGCUUCGAGUGCGCGCUACAACCGGACUAAGAAUGUCUGCGUUCUACGGAAACUUUUUCAACCGCUCCUCUGACCUUUGCGCUUUCCCCGCUUAUCCCAGGGACCAGGCGGUUGUCAUCGAGGUCGCUAUCGAUGAGACCAUAAGCAAACCGUUUGCGUGUCUCCAAGCUGCCGUUUUGCACACCACUUCAAGUGGGCAGCGUCGAAUCAGGGUUCUUACACUUGCUGUACCUACUACCGAGAGCCUGGCUUCGGUGUAUGCAUCGGCGGACGCGCAGGCCAUCACUGCCUACUUUACCCACAAAGCUGUGGAGCGCACCUUGUCGAGCGGUCUUGAUGCUGCUCGAGAUGCCCUACAGGCGAAAAUCAUCGAGAUACUAUCGACAUACAGGAAGGAAUUGGCAGGCGGUAGUAUGGGAGGUGGUGGCCUCCAGCUUCCUCAGAACCUCCGAGCCCUUCCUCUCCUGUUCUUGGGUCUCAUUAAGCACGUUGGUCUCAGGAAGAGCGCCCAAAUUCCUUCGGAUCUUCGAUCAGCGGCCCUUGACCUCCUUUCUACGCUCCCGCUGCGAUUGCUAGUUCAGUACAUUUACCCCAGCUUUUACAGCCUGCACGAUAUGCCUGAUGAUGCGGGUGUGCCAGAACCCACUACGGGUCAGGUCACGAUGCCUCCAGCGCUAAACCUCUCAUCUGCCGCCAUUGUGCCUUAUGGUUUGUAUCUUUUGGACGAUGGCGUCAACCAGUUCCUGUGGAUUGGCCGCGAUACUGUCCCUGCACUCCUCGCGGACGUGUUCGGCGUUGAAGACCGUACGCAGCUCAAGCAAGGCAAGACUUCUCUACCCGUCCUAGACAACGAGUACUCGGAGCGAGUGCGAGCUGUGGUUGAAAAAUCGAGAGACCACAAGUCCAAGGGCGUAGGAAGCAUUCAAUACCCGAGUCUGUACCUAGUGAAGGAAGACGGAGACCCCAGUCUCAAGCUCUGGGCACAGACAUUACUAGUCGAAGACCGAGCGGACCAGGGCGAGAGCAUUGUUCAAUGGAUAAGCAAGCUGAGAGAGAAGGUUGUGCAGUAAGCCUUGCAAUCAUUGGUGGGUGCUGUGUUUCACACAUAAGCAUUGGAUGAAUAUAGCAUCUAAAGGCGCAGAAAGCGAGUUGCGCAGUAGUGCCUGGUUUAGAGGGUGGUUGAUGAAUGCUAUAAGCGUGGGUGGGAUUACGGUAUUAGCCAAGCUAUAUCGGCCUUUGCGAAAGACCAUGAUAGAACAUGACGUUGCAAUCCUACCACCUUGCAAUGUAUAACUACAAGAUGACAUGAAGCAUGAAUGCCCUAAUGUAGCAGCUUUCCGUGUGUUGUAUUAUCGGACCCGGUGUUGUGACGCCGACGAUAAUGCUAGUAUUACAGGCUCGGAGAUGUGCAGCUCUGUGCUCGUGCGGCUG